AUGCAACGUUCUCAAUAUCCUACGGGUCCGUCUCGAGCUAUGCCUGGGAAGUCGGCGAUGCAAGUCUCGCACGUCCUGAAUGGAUCUUCCAAACGCCGUCACGAGCAUAGCCCGAUGUCACAGAGAAGAUACCUCCAGUCGAAGGGACCAUCGAAUGAUCAAAGACAGAUUCCACCUUGGGAAAAGAACUACUCGACUCGGAAGCCCUCCCCGGCUGUUCCCCUCCGAGACGACCACCCAAUUUAUCACGAUGACUACUAUAUCUCCCAUAUUCAGCUUAUCAAUAGUCUCGGGAAACGGAUCAGUCAUUUAACCACUUGGACCGAACAGAUUCGCGGCCCCAGGACUCGAUCAAGGGAUCUCCUUGGAAGUGUCCACACAGACAUCAUGAAGAUGUUAGGAGACCCAAGUCCCUUUAACCUCGAAAAUCGCGUCAAAGUAUGGGAGUUCCAGAUUCAAACUGUUGGAUCAGGAUACCGAGACAACCGAAAAGACGACAGGAUGAAAUACGGCGAAUGGAAAUCUAUCAAGGCAAUGAUGGAUGGUAUCAAAAGCGGACAAAAGUACAUGAUGAAGGCCGUCAUCAAGAAUAUGCCCAGGUUCUUCUGGAAGUCGAGUGCGCCACUUAAACGAAUGCUCGAGCUAGAAAAGCAGAUCUCACGAUUCGAGACCCUCCUAUCCGAAGCUAAGAAGAGCGUUGUAGGAGUACUCCUAAUCGAUGAACAGAUCUCAGAAUUAUUCACCAAAUGCAACAACAGCCUUGUCGGAGUAAUUAACAUGAUGCUAGUUAAGAUUGAAGGACCACCGUCACAGCGAGGCCGUAGCAGCUCGCAGACUAGGGGCAACUACGAUAUCUCUGGGGACCUCUCUUUUCAAAGACCUUUGUCUACAGUCACCGAGGAAUCUUUGAACAAAGCCGCCAUGAAACCCCAAGUUAAGGAUUAA